AAACUGGCAUCAUUGUAAGGAACAUAACGGACUUAUCGUUUUAGAUCAAAACAAGAGGUACACUACCGGCUCGAAACUCAUCAAACAUAUUCUCUCAGAUUCGACCCAUCUGUAGCAAACAGUACAUAAAGCAGUUAUUCUAUAUUCAUUCUUAGAGCUUCAUAGUUAUGUUGUUCUAUUCGUUUUUCAAAUCGUUGGUUGGGAAGGACGUGGUAGUAGAAUUGAAAAAUGAUUUGAGCAUUUGUGGUACACUUCAUUCUGUUGAUCAAUAUCUUAAUAUAAAGUUAACUGAUAUUAGUGUCACUGACCCGGAAAAGUACCCCCACAUGCUAUCAGUCAAGAAUUGUUUUAUACGGGGAUCCGUAGUUCGGUAUGUUCAACUUCCUGGUGAUGAAGUUGAUACACAACUUUUGCAGGAUGCAGCAAGAAAGGAGGCAGUAACUAGUGUCCGAUAAAAUACUCCAGUUAUCAGAUAUUCAUAAAUAUAAUGACUUUGUGUAUUGUUUCAGCAUUAAUUAUUAUUUUCAAAUAUUCAUGGUCAGCUUUUAAGAUCUAUUUAAACAUUUCCGAUCCAGUUCAACGCGUCUCAAAACGUGUAUUGACAAUUUUCAGUAGUACCGGCACGAAAGUACCGGAUAAGUUUGAUUACAUACAUUGCAAAUGUAUGAAAGAGCGUCCGUGCAUGGAAGUGUGCCGGUUCUGAACCUGUUCGGAAAAAAUUGAAUAGACCUUCAUUCAAUAUUAUCAAUGUUAACAUUUUGGCUCUUAUACGAUUGGAGAAUCUGAUUUUUAUGAAUAUAAUUUUGCGAACAAAAAGAACAACAGUAAACAUUUCUUUUUGAAGAAUGAGUGAACGGAAUCUCUUUUUCACAGAAUGAUCAAAAGCAUUUAAAUUGAAUGAUUUUUACAAGCAGGAAUGGAAAUCAACUGCAUGUAAAGGCCACAGCUUUCAAUUGUUUUUUUUUAAUUUAUUUAAUGUUUAGCAACGAAAAUAAGAGACUUAACUACACUACAACUUUCAAACACACUACACGUGGCAAUAUCCACCCCUAUUCUGUAUUUGGAUCGUGUCGGAUUUUUUCGAUUGAAUCCGAAAUUUCGCAUUCUGCAUUUCGAUCUAGUUCGAGUUUUCCAUAUAAAAGCAUCGCACGAUUGAAUUACAGAAUGUAAAUUUUCACAGAAAUUAGAUAAAUAUGUAAGAAAAUUUCCUGCAGUUUUCAUACUGAGUACUGCCACAACUGUAGGAGUUUCUCUUUCCCUAAUUUGGAUCACCAGAUUUGUUCAGUUUUUCAAAUUUGUUUUUUUUACUAAAUUGUUCCUUCAUUCAACAUACAUAUUUAAAAAUAUUUAUUCUUUAUGUUUCAAGAGAACUCUUUCUUACCGAUUUAUUUUAGCUUCUGAAAAUAAUUUUAUCUGACUAAGCUCGUUAUCCUUUUUCAUAGCAUUUCUAAUCUUGAAGACUACAAUUUGAUCGAUAAAAAACAUGUCUUGCGAUAAUGCAUUGAAAUCAAUA